CGCUCGGAAUGUGAAAUAUCCUGUCGGUAAAAGAGUGAGUGAGUGUAAAUCCUGUGAAGAAGCGGGGAAACUGGCUGUUUAAGGGAAGAUCAAUCUGAACAUGUCCAUCAUCUCACCUGCAGUUUAGAGGAGCUUCUCUUCUUCUCCAGAUGCUGCUGAUGGACAACACGAGCUUAAGGGUUUUCGCUGGUUUACUGGUUCUGUUCCAGUCCAGCUUGUGUGUCACGAACGCAGAUCCUGAUUUCAGACCCAACUUCGUCCUGAUGAUGGUGGAUGAUCUGGGCAUUGGAGAUAUCGGCUGCUAUGGGAAUGACACCAUCAGGACUCCAAACAUCGACCGUCUGGCGUCAGCGGGAGUGACACUGACCCAUCACAUCUCCGCCGCUCCGCUCUGCACUCCCAGCAGAACCGCGUUCAUGACGGGCCGCUACGCUCUCCGCGCCGGUCUGGGCAGCACAGGUCGAGUGCAGGUGAUUCUGUUCCUCGCUGGAUCCGGAGGACUUCCUCCAAACGAAACCACCUUCGCUAAACUUCUGCAAAAGCAGGGUUACACCACCGGCAUUGUGGGAAAGUGGCAUUUGGGAGUGAACUGUGAGAGCAGGAACGAUCACUGCCACCAUCCCAACAGUCACGGGUUUGACUUCUUCUACGGGCUUCCCUUCACCUUCUUCAACGACUGCCGGCCUGGAGAAGGGAAAGAUGUCCUGGUGGACCUGCAGGAGAUGCUGUGGAGGAUGUCUGCGCUGGUGGCGCUCGCGCUCCUCACGCUGCUUCUGGUCCGGGCCGUCGGGCUAAUGCAGAUCCGCCUGACGCUCGUGGUGUUUCUGGCCGCUCUGUCGCUGCUGAGCUUCUCGGUGUGGUUCGUGCCCUUCGAACUCCUGAGGACCUGGAACUGCAUCAUCAUGAGGAACGGCGAGGUGGUGGAGCAGCCGCUGAACCCGGAGACGCUGAACGCGCGGCUCAUGAGUGAAGCAGAGCAGUUCGUGGAGAGACACCGAGAUGGGCCCUUCCUGCUCUUCCUGUCGUUUGCACACGUGCACACGCCCCUCUUCGUGUCCGAGAGAUUCGCCGGGAAGAGCAAACAUGGGCUGUAUGGGGACAACGUGGAAGAAGUGGACUGGAUGGUUGGUAGAAUGAUGGAGACCAUCGAAAGGCUCGGCCUGUCGGAGAAAACCUUGACGUACUUCACAUCUGAUCACGGCGGCCACAUCGAAGACCCUCAGCGAGGAGGCUGGAACGGGAUCUAUCGAGGUGGGAAAGCCAUGGGCGGCUGGGAGGGAGGGAUCCGAGUGCCGGGAAUAUUCCACUGGCCCGGGCGUCUCACCGCGGGUCGACAGGUGGCCGAACCAACCAGUCUGAUGGAUGUUUUUCCCACAGUGGUGAAGCUCGCCGGGGGGGCGCUGCCGGAGAACAGGAUCCUGGACGGUCAUGACCUGAUGCCGCUGUUAGAGGGAAAAACCAACCGCUCACAGCACGAGUUCAUGUUCCAUUACUGCGGCAUAUAUCUGAACGCUGUGCGCUGGCACCCGCACGACAGCGACUCCAUCUUCAAGGUCCACUUCUUCACACCGAACUUCUCUCCCGCGGGAGCCGUCGGCUGCUACGACACCGGAGUGUGUGUGUGUCACGGGGAGUUUGUGACGUACCACGACCCGCCGCUGGUGUUCGAGCUCCUCAGGGACCCGUCGGAGAGUCUCCCGCUCACACCGGAGACGGAGCCGCGGGUCUCAGAGGUGCUGGAGUGUGUGAGACGGGCCGUGGAGGAUCACCGCAGAACACACACACCAGUGGAGAAUCAGCUGACCUGGAAACACACCCUGUGGAGGCCGUGGCUUCAGCCCUGCUGCGGGACCUUCCCCUUCUGCUCCUGCUCAGAAAAUUCAAGUCACCUUUAUUUAUAGAACACCCUAACAACACUUAAGUAACCACCUAGAACACUCUAACAUUACCAAAGCAACACCCUAGCAACCACCCAGAAGUCAAGUCACCUCUAUUUAUAGAAUACCCCAGCAACACAUUAGUAACCACCUAGAACACUCUAGCAUUACCAAAGCAACACCCUAGCAACCACCCAGAAGUCAAGUCACCUUUAUUUAUAGAACACCCUAACAACACAUUAGUAACCACCUAGAACACUCUAACAUUACCAAAGCAACACCCUAGCAACCACCCAGAAGUCAAGUUACCUCUAUUUAUAGAAUACCCCAGCAACACAUUAGUAACCACCUAGAACACUCUAGCAUUACCACAUCAACGCCAUAGUAACCCACCCUGAACACCCUAGCAACCACCCAGAAGUCAAGUCACCUUUAUUUAUAGAACACCCCACCAACACUUUAGUAACCACCUAGAACACUCUAGCAUUACCAAAGCAACACCCUAGCAACCACCCAGAAGUCAAGUCACCUCUAUUUAUAGAAUACCCCAGCAACACAUUAGCAACCAGCUAACACUCUAGCAUU